AUGCUGAGCUUCUUCAAUGACUCUGAGCAGGCUCCCCUCAUGAUGUCCUGCCUGGAAAAGCUUCGUCCACGAAAAGAUCUGAGCAAAUUUUUCGAUCUCUGGCAAACUAGAUUUUUUGUUCUGGUUGACAAACAGCUGAAAUACUUCAAGCGCUAUGAGAAUUACUCCAAUGGUGAAGAGCCUCUCGGAGAGAUCUCGUUGGAGAGAGCCUGGUUGAUCGAGCAGGAGUCGAAUAGCCCGAGCAAGAAGAAGGUCAUCAGCAUUAGGACCCCCUGGCGAGAUUUCACACUUCGUACGGAUCAAGAGCGGAUAUUUGAAAAUUGGAUGAAAGCAUUCGAUUCUAUCGGGCUCGUCAAGUGCGCCAAGGAGGAAAAACGUUUGAAAGAAGAGGCUCGGAAGGAUCUGUCUGACGAGGACAACGUCACAUGGACUAACGAGAUGCUGUCCAACUCAGAUCACAGCCAGUCCAAUGACAGAUCUCACCAAGACUUGUCCCCACAUGUACAACUGCAGAUACACGAGCGUGAGAACUCCUCUUCGUCUUCCAGCCAUGAAUUCAACCGAUCAGAUGAUGUCAUUUCCUGCAGUCUCUAUCUGGCCAACGAGACAGAAGUUCGACUUGAUUCGACCCCGCAGAGUCUGAUAUCAUCACGAGAUAGAGCAACAGCCGACGGUGAAGGAACGAUCCAUGUGCACCCUCUGAAUGCUGCUCCAUCCACCCCCGAAGGGCUUUCUGCGGGUCUUAAGAAGAGCAAAAUCAAGGACAAGGCUCCUCUUCAACAAAGAAUGAGCUACGCGAACUUCACAAAGAAAGUGCAGUAG